UUUUCGAACACACUCUCAGGAGAUUGACGGGACGUCUCGAGUUUGUUGUGUCUCGCGUGAAAUCGCGUGCUCUUUAUCGUGAUCUUGCACUUUAUUCACAUUUUUCUUCGAAAGUCAAGUAUAGCCAGAAUGCCGAAGAGAAAGAAUCAAGCCCUCAUAGACUCCGAUAGUAGCGGCAGCGCAUCGGAAAGCGGCUCGGACUUGGAAAAUGAUCUAUUGUCAUUGGCAAAGAAAAAGAAAGGAAAAUCUCAAGAUGAUUCUCAGUCGAAUGAAGAUAACAAUUCUGUUAAGAAGGAUGCUAAACAAGAUUCAGAUACAUCAGAUUCUGAUGACAAUUGGAGUAACAAGGCUGGGAAGACAAAGAAAAAGAAACCACCAGCAAAGAGAAGCAAACGAAAAAUGACAAAAUCUAGUUCAGAAGAUAGCGCCAGUGAAAAAGAACCAGCUAAGCAGCUUUCAGAACCAGAAGAAGGUGAGGUAUCAGAUUCUGACGCAAGUGUUUCUGACUCUAGCCAGGAAGAGUUUAAUGAUGGUUAUGAUGAUAAACUCAUGGGAGAUGCGGAAGAUCAAGCUAGGCUAGCCCAAAUGACAGAGAAAGAGCGUGAACAGGAGAUUUUCAAACGAAUUGAGCAACGAGAAAUUAUGAAGACAAGAUUUGAGAUCGAAAAGAAAUUAAGGAUGGCUAAGAAACAAGAAUUAAAAAAGCAAAAGGAAUCAAAAAAGAAGGAGAAAGGAAUUGAGGAGAAAAAAGUAGAUAGAGCACCAGAUCCUAAAGAAAGGAGUAAAGAUCGUAAAAAGACGAUAGAAGAGAAGCAAGAUAAAAAGUUUCAUGCAAUGUCUUUGCUUAAAGCUCGACGCGAGGAAAAGAAGGAACGAGAGGAAAAAGAGAAACAAAGAAUAGAGCAACAGCAACAACAAUCAAAGGACAUUGAGGAAGAAGAAUUGGAGGAUGAUCAUAAAGGCGGAAAUAAGACAAAACUCAAAGCAUCCGAUAUAUAUUCCGACGAUAGCGGUUCGUCGGAUAGUGCCGAAGAGGAGGAAGUAGCUAAACCAACAUCACAACGCAGAUCCUCUUCGAGCGAGAGUCGUGAUUCGGAUUCUGACAACGAUAAAAAGUCAGUUACGAGUAAUAAAGCCAAGCCGAAAAAACCAGUAUAUAUUAAUACUAAAGAAGAUCUAAACAAGAUCCGGUUGUCCCGUCAUAAGAUGGAAAAAUUUGUUCACUUACCGUUUUUCAAUAGAGUGGUGCAAGGUUGCUUCGUCAGGAUCGGUAUCGGCAACAAUAAUGGUAAACCUGUCUACAGAGUAGCAGAGAUAAGUGGCGUGUGCGAAACAGGGAAGAUUUAUCAGCUUGGUAGCACGAGGACAAACAAAGGAUUGAAAUUACGUCAUGGGGCGCAAGAACGCGUCUUUAGACUGGAAUUUGUCUCAAAUCAAGAAUUUACGGAUUCGGAAUUUUUUAAGUGGAAAGAAUCAUGUGCAUUGCAAGGAAUAUCUAUGCCCACGUUCGACGAAGUGGAACAGAAACUGAAGGAUAUUAAGGAGGCAUUAGUGUACGAAUUCAAGGAAGAGGACAUAGAAAAGAUAGUCCGUGAAAAAGAGAGAUUCAAACAAACUCCCUACAACUAUGCGAUGAAGAAAGCGCAACUCAUGAGAGAACGUGACGCAGCUAAUUGUAGAGGGGACGAUGAGACUGCUAGUCGGCUUAAUCAAGAGCUGAGCGAGUUAGAAGAACGCGCAUCGGAAUUAGACAAGAUGCGCACGGCAUCAAUCUCCAGUAUUUCAUACAUUAACGAUCGUAAUAGAAAACGGAAUGUGGAGGAGGCUGAAAAAGCCAUUAUGGAAGAGUUAAAGGCUACCAAAGGUAAGAAGAUUGACGACCCGUUUACUAGACGAAGCACUAAACCGAGGAUGGUGUAUAAACCAGAGGAUGAAGAGACAGUAACUAUUCCAUUAAACGAUAAGUCGGGUCCUCAUCCAGCAGGAGACUCUGUGUCAACUGUCAAUGAUAAGGAAAACGAACAGGAUUCUAAGAAGAAGCAAAGUACGGAAGAUCUCUUCAAUGCGCACGAUUUUGACAUAACAAUAGAUUUGGAAGUUCCUAUUCCAAACAAUCCUGUUAGUGUCCUACCAAAACCUGUUAAUAACAUCAAGGAUACAGGACCUCGACGAUCGCUAAAUUUAGAAGAUUACAAAAAGAAACGUGGUCUUAUCUAACAUUUCAUAUGCUUUAGAUAUUGGGAGAAGAUAUGAUAAGGUUAAAUUUGCCAAGGUUGUCCCGUAGCAAUUAAAAAUAUCAUUUUGUUCGCUGAAUCUUUCGGUUAACGACAAGGACGAAGAUAUGUUCUUGUAACGAUUGACUGAGAAACUAGAUUAUUUAUAACACAUUUGUAGUUAUAUUAUUAUUAAUUACGACUCUAUCUGUGCGUAUUUAAUACGUUGAGUGUAUUGGUGGCUAAUCGGUGAGGGGUAAUCGAUAUGUGCUAGCUUUGCGGGUAAAGAAUUAGCUGAUAUGUAUUGUGGUUGCAUAAUAAAUAAAGGAUUGUUAAUGAAACCAAUUAAUACCUAAUAAUUGUAAGAAUAUCUCAAUUUGGUAUCAGCUAAUGUUUUUAUGUUCUUACGUAUAAGAUAUAAGUAUAUAUACAUAUAUGUGUAUAUAUAUGUGUGUGUAUAUAUAUGUGUAUGUGUAUGUAUGUGUAUAUAUAUAUAUAUAUAUAUAUAUAUAUAUAUAUAUAUAUAUAUAUAUAUAUAUAUAUAUAUACACAUAUAUAUAUAUAUACACACACACAUAUAUACACAUAUAUACAGACAUAUCCGCUGUUAUAUAUAUAGCAUUCGUUCAUUGUAACACUCAACGUAUUAAACAGCAUGAUGGUUCCGAUUGAGGUAAAGCUGUUCCUAUUGGUAUCGGAAUAACGGAAUUAUAUGAUUGUUAGACAGAAUAUAUAGCGUGUCUGAUACGGGACAACUCAAUGCAGGUGGAUCACAUUAAUUUGAGCAAAAACAUAUCUUGCCGUUUUUCAAACAACGUAAAAUUUCGACUAAUUAAUGAAAGAAGAUUGGCGAAUCUUAUCAAAAGUAGCUGAAAAUUGCGACUAUUUUUUAGCGACAUGCGUACAAUACACUCGCGAUAUAUCAAAAAUCAAUUAUCUACGUGCCGCUUGCAUCAAUAUUCCGUCUUUAGAUGUUGACCGAUGUCCGCCGUCGCUUAAGCCCGAUUCCACCAACAUCGAUCAAACCUUAAACUGCGUUUAAACCGCGUUUAACUAUUUGAAACUAUUUGAAACAAAGAUUUAAACUCAGAUCAAGGUCCAAUCGAUGUUAGUGGAAUCGGGCCUUAGAGAUAGUAAUUUUUCAAUCGUUUUCGUUUCGUGUCUAUAGAAAUUCUCUCACAAUAUCGCACGGAUUGAUUGGCCAAUCUUGUUUCAUUAAUUAUACUUGAAAUUUUAUGCGGUUGCUUGAAAAAUAGUAAGGUAUUUUUUACUCAGGUUAAUGUGGUUUACUUGCACAUAUGCAUUGGGAUGUCUCGUGUCAGACACUUUGUAUAAAUAAAUGACAAAGGAUGGUCAAGACUAUACUAAAACGGUACUUAAAAAUAUGACUUGUAUUACCGUUAUUGGAUAUCGAAACAGAUAUGAUAUUCUAUUUUCCAUUAUUCAAUACUGUAACAUGACUAUAUAUGUCAUACUCGAAUGACAAAAAAGAGAUAUACAGAGAAAGACAUGCUUGCAUCUCUAAUGAUGAGGAUUAUUUGCCAAACGAUUAAAUUUAGGAAUAACAAUAUCAUUUCUGUGCAAAUUAAUUACAAUUAUAACACAAGAUGUCUUUUUAUGUUAACAAAUAAUAAGACAUAAAAAAGGGGAACUUGUGUUAAAAAACCGUUUGUUUUUACAUUUAAAAAAUAGAAUAUGAAAACGCAUAUAUAAGACGUAGAUAAUAAUGUUAUAUACAGCUAGUUUUACAUUUAUAUCUCUUAAUUGCACAUAUUUUAUAUGUGAUACUGCUCAUAAAUUUUGUUGAUGUACAGUAUAUUGCCAUUUUUGUCAUUGCCAACAUUUGUCAUAAUUUACUGCCAAUAUAAUUUCAGAUUUUUCUUUUAUGAUUUAAAAUUAA